AGAAUGGAAUAGCAAGGCGGCAAUUCGGUUUAUCAUAAACGGGCUUUUAUUUGUUUAUAAUCGUCAUUUCGUUCGAGUCGGCCGAUUUGCUUCCCAUAUUCUGGCACUCAGAAUGUAUGUAUGUAUACACAUACAUAUGUAUGUACAUGACGCGAGAGGAUGAACUCAAACAUAUGCUGAGUCUGAAUUUAGCAGAAGAACUUCCUAGCCAAGUGAAUUGCUCGGGCGAAAGAGCCUAUAUUAAGGAGAACGUACCAUUAAAUUAAAGCGGAUUCUCUCAACAGCCAAGUUAAAUACUCACAUACAUAUGAGUGUAUGGGCCCCCUUCAGAUUGUUUGUUUUAGAAUUCGAGCCCCAUUGCUGGCUGGGACGUGUAUUCAAAUGACUGAUGCGAUGCUAAAGAGUUUCAAAUCGAAAUAUCACAUAGAUGUCGAUUUUGAAGUUCCCAAGAAGAUACCCUGGUACUAUGCCCCACUGUUUGCAUCAUUUUGGCUGGCCCUGUAUCUGGCCGUUGUGGUUACUCAAAUAAACCACUUGCCAGAUCCGCUUAAUCGCGAAGAUGAGGCCCGACACCCCGAUGCGUUCAUAGCGGAACGCGCCGAAAUGCAGCUCAUCAAUUUGUCUCGCAUUGGCCCCAAGGUGGUGGGCAGCGUGGCAAACGAAGUGACCGCUGUUGAAUUUCUAAAGCAGCAAAUCGAAGAGGUUAAGGCCCAGGCCAGCGACUACUUUCAGUUCGAGGUCGACGUGCAAUUAGCCACCGGUAGUUACAUGCACUGGUCCAUGGUUAACAUGUACCAGAAUAUACAGAACGUGGUGGUGAAGAUGAGCGCUAAGAAUUCGACAAGUGAAAACUAUCUUCUCAUUAACAGCCAUUAUGACAGCGUACCGGGCAGCCCAGGCGCCGGCGAUGCCGGUUCCAUGAUCACCGUGAUGUUGGAAGUGAUGAGAGUAAUAUCCAAAUCGCAGGGGCCACUCAAACAUCCCAUUGUCUUUCUAUUCAAUGGCGCGGAGGAGAAUCCGCUGCAGGCGUCCCACGCCUUCAUAACGCAACACAAAUGGGCCGAGAACUGCAAAGCACUUAUUAACCUGGAUGCGGCUGGCAGUGGUGGGCGUGAGGUACUCUUCCAAUCCGGACCGGAAAAUCCCUGGCUGAUGCGCUAUUACCGCGAAGUACCUCAUCCCUUUGCCACAUCGAUGGGGGAGGAAAUUUUCCAAGCCGGGAUCAUUCCCUCAGAUACUGACUUUCGAAUUUUCCGUGAUUAUGGUGGUGUGCCCGGCUUCGAUAUGGCAUACAUUUUUAAUGGCUAUGUGUACCACACCGAAUACGACCGAGUCAAUAUUAUUUCUAAGCAAUCACUUCAGAACACCGGCGACAAUGUACUCGCCUUGGCCAAAGGCGUGGCGAACGCGCCUGAAAUGGACAAUCCCGAGGAUCAUGCCGAAGGACACGUCAUAUUCUAUGAUUUUCUCGGAUGGUUCAUGGUAUUCUACACCCAGACCACGGGGGUCAUUAUCAACGCGGUGGUCUGCAGCGUAGCCGUACUGGCCAUUGCGGUUUCCCUAUUUUUUAUGACGGCCAGAUCUGGGUUGACAUGGGGAGCGGUUGUGACCCGCUACCUCACCACUUUUGUCAUACAGAUUGUAUCCCUGGCCCUAGCUGCUGGGUUGACAAUGUUAGUUGCCGUCUUUAUGGAUGGUGUCGGUCGUCCCAUGACUUGGUUUUCCGAGACGUGGCUUCUGAUCGGCCUCUUCUUCUGCCCAAUGUUCUUUGGCAUGGGCAUUUUGCCGGCCUACUAUCUGGAGAAAACGAAACAGGAUAAACUCAGUCUAGGUUUUCGCAUCCAACUCUUCAUGCACUCCCAUUGCCUGUUUUUAAUUGUGCUGACCAUUGUCAUGACCGCCAUGGGCCUGCGCUCGUCCUUUAUGUGCAUGAUGGCAGUGCUGUUCGACAUUACCGCCUUGAUUGUAAACCUCGUCACGAAGUGGCACAGGAGGGCGUAUUGGUUUGCAAUUGCGGCCAUGGUCUGUCAAAUAUUGCCAUUCCUCUAUUACACCUCCAUAGCCCAUGCCACCUACAUGACCAUGCUGCCGAUGACGGGACGUUCGGGUUCUGCCUCCAAUCCAGACCUCUUAAUGGCGGGCAUAGCAGUGUUUAUGGCAAUUCUGUUUGCCGGCUUUAUUAUGCCUCUUUUCCUAUUCUUUCGCAAAACACGCACCAUCAUUUAUUCCUUCCUGGCAAUUGCUGUCCUGUUCAUCAUAAUCGCCGUUACCCCGGCUGGCUUUCCGUACAAAGCUAAGACGGCCACCCAAAGAUAUUCCCUGAUUCACGCCCAACGAACUCUGCACCGUGCAGACGGUUCUAUACGUCUCCAGGAAGCCGGCAUUUACGUAUAUCCACAGGACCGCCGAAUAAAUAGUGCCGACGAUUACAUCAAAGCCAUUGGCGAGAAGCACAAAGUCAGCGAAUAUUGUGACGUUGAGAUGUUCUGCGGCAUGCCGCUCUACAACCAUCGUUGGCACAAGGCCAGGGAGCGUAGUUUCUGGAUACCUAUCGAAGAGAAUCCCAAUUUACCAGGUUCCAGGCCCGCACUAACUCUUCUGAACGCCCACAAUCUGGAAGGCAGCAUCAGUAGGAAGCGUUACGAGUUCCAGUUGGUUGGUCCCGAUCAUAUGACCAUUUUUAUAGGUCUUCAGAAUGAAGUCAAAAUUACAGAUUGGUCCUUCAAUGACACAAUGAUACGCGAGAAAUGGGAGCAGCCCUAUUUCAUAUAUUUUUCCUAUGGCAAAGACGAGGUGGGAUCGUUGACUUUCACCAUCGAUGUUGAGAAAUCCGAUGGCAAUUUCAAUGUUCCCGUCCUGGAAAUAGGCAUUGCUGGUCAUUGGAUUCAUCAAGAUAAGAACCGCACCCCCAAAUACGAACAGUUCGUCAAGAGUUUUCCCAGCUAUGCGAGCGUCAAUGAUUGGGUGGCCACCUAUGAAAGUUGGUUAUUCUGAUUUGCAUAUAGCACUCAGAAAUGGACUUCGGAGGGUCGUAUCACUCGAAAGCUUCGCCAUGAUAUUCAAUCCAUAACUACUGACUACAUGUAGCAUGUAAUGUACCUAUUUAUGUAUGUGUGUAAAGCCUAGACUAAGAACAAUUCUUAAUUCGAACAAUAAAUAAAACCAACAGAUCUUUUCAAGUAAAGAA